CCGGUUAUGACGCAAUAUAUUGUUACUGUAUCCGUAAACAUGGAGGCUGUUGUUGACGAAGUUGUAACGCCGGAGGAUCUUUCGAAAUUUGAAAAGAAGUAUAAAGCCGAGCUGGCCAAAGCGGAUGUGACCAAAGAUACAAAGUUCGAAUAUGCAUGGUGUCUGAUUCGGAGCAAGUCCUCCAACGACAUCAAGAAGGGCAUAGUUCUUCUAGACGAGCUGAUACACAAAGGAACUAAGGAUGACCAGAGGGACUACUUGUUUUACCUGGCAAUUGGAAACUACAAACUAAAGGAAUAUGAGAGAGGACUGAAAUGCAUCCGGAUUCUACUGAAGAGUGAACCAGGAAACACUCAAGCUUUGGAUCUGGAGACUCUCAUUAAGAAGGCGAUGAGGAAAGAUGGUUUGGUUGGCAUGGCCAUUGUCGGAGGAAUUGGCCUUGGUGUUGCUGGAUUGGCUGGUCUCGUUGGUCUGGUUGUGUCGAAGAAGAUCUGAGAGAUGGAUCAAAGGGCUGCCCCAUUCUGCCGCCGGCCGUCUACGAAGUCCAUAUUCAAAUGAAUACACAAUAACAAGUAACUAAAA